AUGGCCUAUAAGUUGGUGAUCGCCCUCGCUUUUAUUGCUGCCGCCAGCGCUGCUGUAGUAGUGCCCGGUGCCCCUGUUGUGGCCAAGGCAGUAGCUGUUGAAGAAUACGAUCCUCAUCCACAAUACAAAUACGGUUAUGAUAUCCAAGACUCUAUUUCCGGUGACUCCAAGGGUCAUGUUGAGGAACGUGAUGGUGAUGUUGUUCGCGGUGAAUACACUGUAAUUGAUGCCGAUGGUUUCAAGCGUACUGUUACCUAUGUUGCCGAUCCCAUCAAUGGUUUCAAUGCCGUUGUUCGUCGUGAACCCAUUGUCGCUGCUGCUCCCGUCGUUGCUGCCGCCCCAGUUGUUAAGGCUGCCGCUCCCGUAGUUGCUGCUGCUCCAGUUGUAAGAGCUGCUGCCCCUGUCUUUGCUCCUGCUCCAGUAGUCAGACCAGCUCCAGUAUUCGCUCCUGCUCCCGUUGUUAGAGCUGCCGCUCCUGUUUUUGCUCCAGCUCCAGUAGUCAGACCAGCUCCAGUCUUUGCACCUGCCCCCGUUGUUAAAGCCGCUCCAUUCGUACCUGCCGCUCCUUUCGGCUCUUCGGUCACCUACUCAGCAACAGCUCCCUUUGUUAAAGCUGCUGCUCCCGUAGUUGCCGCUGCUCCUGCCUAUGUUCGUAGCGCUCCCUAUGUAGCUGCUCCCUUCAACUAUGGUUAUGCUGUCCGCAAUUUGUAA